CUAUUUACUAACUGUAACAGCAGUACCAUAGAGAGAUGUAUGGUUGCAAUACAUAUCGUUUUCUUAAUAAUCCUUAUAGAAUGUUCGUUUUUCAUAUACUCUGGAAACAUACUUAUAUCAUAACAUAUUAAUAUGAAGUAUACAAAUCAUUUUUAUUUUUAACAGCUUUUGGCCACUUCGCGGUCGCUGUUUCCGAACAAAUUGGAGACAACGUGGAAAACGGCGAUAUCACAUCAAUAAAAGAAAAUUUUGUCACAGAAUUCUCCAUUAUAUUUGACGUACUGUACAAUCAGUGGCUACCAUCAAACGAACCUAAAGUAUCAGAAUCUGUCUUAGAAGCUCUCGGUCCUAUUACCAGACUGAUAUCAGAAAGACAAUUCAACGAGACUGUUAAUAAAUUUAUUCUUUCACUGCUGUCUUUGUACCGUAAACCCGCAAUAAAUUUCUACUACAUCAGUCAAUGUAUAUCGUAUCUACUCUCUCCGUCGCCGCUCAAUCCUAAAUUGACUUUGAAUGAUAGCGUGAUAAAUUCUAUAAAUCAUGUCCUAUUCAAUUUAAUAGUAUUGGAGCCAGAUUACGACCAACCUCACACUGUUAAAAAUCAUUUUGAAGUACUCCGUUGUUUCGACCAUAUGGCCGAACAGUUUUCUGAUCAAACUAUUGAAAGCCUUCUUCAUCAGUGCAAAAAUAACCAAGAGAAAGAUCGUAUGAAAGCAGUGGUUAUUUUAACUCACUUGACGACGUCUUCGCAAGUUUUCACAGAAAACUACUCAACAAAAUUCAUAAGUAUUCUUAAAGUUAUGACAACUAUGGAACAAGGGUUAAAAAUGAAAAAGUUACUCGUAAAAGCUAUCGUAGGUUUGGUAUAUAGGAAUUGUGUCGUAUCUCCUGAAGAUUUCAUAAUGGUGGAAUUCAUAAUUAAAAACUGUGGAUGCGAAGCCGCAGCCAAUGCGUCAAAACAAGAAGUUAUGGAGCUACACGACACUUGUAAGAGUUCUUUAGUGCUCAUGUGCAAUACAGUAACGAGUGUUCGCACACAACUCCGGAGUUUGCUUUUGACAGCAUUAACAGUUGAAGAUUUCACUCCCUCUUUAUCAACCGUGAGUCUGUGUCUAACUUCGCUCUUACAAAACAACUCGGAUGUUAGUAUUGACGACCAAAAAGAAAAGCCACCCGAAGUCCAAUACACCCCAGAUUUAGUAUUUGCGCGGUGUAUUACAUAUAUCGCUGACCCAGAACAGACAGAGCGGAAUAAAAACCUUCUGGUAUUCCUUGAAGAAUAUUCAGGGGAUGUUCAUAAGAAUCUGAAAAACUCUUGGACUGUCGAAAUUCAAAGGCUCCUAAAGUAUGUUGAAAAGAUUGAGUCCAAAGAGCAGUGGCACGACAUGCUGUUGGUUCUUUUAGUAUCCGCUGUGGAACAGGUAAAUAACAAUAAAUGGGUUGAAAACAUAUCGCAACUCAUAGCGUCUCAAAUUCUUUCAAAGAAACAACCACCAAUAAUUAAAGGAGUUUCAUUACAAUAUCUGGCCAUACUUGCUUGUCACAUGUCUAAUGCUGCGGUGGUGGAGAAUAUUUUAAAAAUAAUACUAUUCGCCCUGAAAUCAAUUCCGUUAGAUAGCGUAGAUUACGUUAGUAAAGCUAUAGGGAUAGCUUCACGACAACACGGAGAGUUUGUUCUUAAUGAGUUGGACGCUACCUACAAAGAUAACGAAUCAAAACGCCACAGUAAAAUUUUCAACUUUUUAUCAUCUCGUAAUUCUAAAAAUGAUGCCGAACUAGGUGUAGUUAAGUAUGCUGUGAUAACUUCAUAUGGAAAAGUUGCAUCAGAAUGUCUGGAUGUCCAUGUCUUGGCUAGAUUAGGUGAUAAUGUUACCUCAAUAUUGUAUGAAAUUUUGAAAUCAAACCCUCCAUUUGAUUUAUGUAAAGUGACUGUUACGACAUUGUAUCACAUAAGCAAAGCGUUAUAUCCUGCUGCUCACCAUAACGUCGCACUAAGGAACAGAUGGCAACUUUUAAAUGCUGUGUUAGAGCAAAUAUACAAUCCCAACUUGGAAAAAAGAAAUGUUGAGCUAUAUCCCAUCAUAGUGAAAGCUUCAAAAGCUCUCACUAAGUUACAAAAAGGCAUUCUCCCUGAAGAAAGAAAUACGAUCGUACGCGUAUUUUUCAGCAGCAUAUUUGAAGAAUUGUCUUCUUUCAAAAAGAAAUACGAAAUCGAAGGCAACGGCGCGAAAAAUGACCUUUUGGCCAAGACAUUAAACGACAGUCUUACACUGCUUCACCAGCUGAUCAAAGAGUUGAUAAUACAGUCUACAUGUCUUAGUACUAUCGAUGAUCUCGUCGGCUUGAUAACUGAGUGGUUUCGACAUGAAAACGAUGAGAUUCGCACUGCUUCCGUUUUGAUUCUCCAAGUUAUUUUCGAUUCUUAUUUAAAGAAUGUUAAACUGAAUUAUGAAACUCCGAGCAAAUUCGGACAAAUGGGCUAUUUGCUCGGCUUAGUUGUGCCCGGAGUAUCUGAUACUAACUUCGCUGUGAGAUUGACCACUAUAGAUUGUAUAAAAUUAAUUAUUCAGAUACAGGAUUUGUACGAGGGUCAUACGAUAGAAAAUGACGACCAAUGUAUGGCGAAACUUACUGCUUUGCAGAAUAACGUAUUGACGAAUGAUCUUAACAUGAUCAGUGACUAUUGCGUGGUGUUAUGUGAAACGAUUUUGCCGAAGAUACCACACCAUCACACGAUGCAAUUCAUCGAAAGCUUGUUGGAAAACUAUGAUAACCAAGAGCUCCUCAAUGUGGGUAUAAGUGCUGUACUUGACGCAUUCCUAACCAAGAAAGGGCAAGACUUGUAUCAAAAUGUAGAGAGGAUAGUGGAAGUGAUGCUAAAAACCAUGGAUGUGAUCGGGGAUGACGCGAGCUGGAGGUUGAUGAAACCUUUAACAUCACUAGCUCGACAGCACUCGAACGCUGUAACAGCGAUACUUUUGGGUCAGCGAAUUCCGUUCAAACAAUGCGUCCUAUUGUGUUGGCGGCAUUUAGCGCAGGACGAAAACCUUGGAUCAUUGAUUGUUGACAAUUUCUUGAGGCUAAUGACAUCGAUAGAGCUUUACGAAGAUCCGUACCAUAUCACGGACAAUCAUAUAGCUGCUCUCCAACCAUUGACACUAGUGAGCGCGUUAGGUGAAAUGCUUCAAGAGGAGACUAUGGAUCAGAUCUGUGUAUCCAAGUUCGCCGAUAUGUUUACUGUACUAUACACGACGGUCGCGUGUUAUAUAGAAGCGGAGCCGCCUGCGUAUUGUUUGCCCGCCAACAAGUCACAGGAGAGGCUCGGAUAUGUUCCCAACAGGGACUCCAUAAAACUCUCCCCGGCUAAGAUCACGGUCCACACCUUCAAUUCGUUCCUGGAGCGGGCGGGUUGUCAGAAGGUGAAGGAAGCGUGUUCCCUAUGCCUGAGCGUGGAGCACGGCGACUCGUCCACCACCCUGCUGGAGCUGGCGCCGAUACUGGGCGGCGCGCUCAGCCGCUCGUGCCCGCAGCACCUGGCGCGGCUCGUGGCCCGCGCCGCCACGUAUGCGCGCUCACCUUUACCGCCGCAGCGCGCCGCCGCUCUCGCCCUAUUGGCCGACCUGCUUAAUUACAGGUGCAACGAAAAUGAAGUUUUAAUUGAAACAGUACUAGCUACUUUGACUACCGGUUGGAAAGACGAGGACGCUCGCGUGAGGGCAACGUGUAUGCGCGGCGCUGCCAACGUGGCGCGUUUGUCGCCUGUACACAGGACCAGAGCAUUGCCCGCCGCUCUAACCGCUCUCAGUCACGGUGUAGAUGCACAAUAUGCAAAAUCUAUAUCGGACAACGUACCGCUUGCAGCCAUCCAAAGCCUCACCAGGCUGCUAUCCGAGACUGACCAAAUAGACAAAGACUUCGAACGUGAACUGCUUUCCAUAUCGCAAAAGAUACGUCCGUUCAUGAACACGGAUUGCGAUCAACUGAGAGAGAGCUCGAUCAGGCUAUUCGGUGUGAUCGCCGAGAGGAUAUCUGAUCCUCUAGUGGAUCAAGCUAUCACGUCAUUGCCGUGCUUCUUGCUCCAUUUGUGCGACAUCAAUCCUGCUGUGGUUAGAGCUAGCAAGUUCACACUGAAAAGAGUGUUCAAGAUUUUUAACGUGAAGAAAUCAAACGAUCUCGUUCAGACCCACCUCCUGGAUGAGGGUAGAUUGUAUUUGGAGGAGUUUCUGGCGGCUCUAGUGAGGCAGAUGGGCGAGGAGAUGCCGUCGAGUGUGCCGCGCUGCCUGCAGGCGUGCGUCAACUAUCUACACUGCGGACAGGAACAUAUGAAGCCGCGACCACCGCUGCUGCUGGGUCUUUUAUACGCCGAGUUAUAUCGCAUUAGAGAGAAGACCUUCGAAGAAGUGGACUUAGAUCCUGACGUGACUCGUAGUGCACGUACGCGUUUGUUACAACUCGUUAAAGAUUCUAAUCCACAGGUGCGACAAAACGCUGCCCUCGCUUUGGCCAACGUCUGCCUCGUUGCCGCGCUUGACGCGUGACGUCACUCCACCCAUCUAACUAUGACGUUACACAACGGAAAGUUCAUCUUCAGGAUCAAUUAGCUGAUUAUAAAAUCAGCAGCGUAAUAAUAUAUGACUGAAAUAAAUUAUUUGAUUUGGAGGGGGAGACUGUAUAUUGUCUGUAAAUAAUGGGGGGGGGGGAGAGUAUGUACUAUUUAACAUUGUUUAUAUGAGUUAUAUGUUCCAUUACAAAUUAAAAAAAAUCGUAGGCUCGGUUCUGACAUACGUCUUCAAGAUUGUGUCUCUCUUUCUUUCUGUAUACAUAGAACAAAGAUAGGUGCCAUGUACUAUCAACAUAACGGAAAAGUUUUUGUUAUUGUUCUUCUGUUGUAAAGCAUAUGGCAUAGCAGACGUUAUACUGUACUCUAUUUACAAUGCAGUAAGUCUUAAAUCGAUUUAAAAUUGACACAUUCACAAAGUACUGUAUUCAUAUGUCCUGAGAGUGACAAUACUUGUUUGAAACAUGAAACUGAUAAUUCAGAAUGAUUUCGUCCAAAUUUCUAUUUGACGUUCGGAAUAAUAGUUCAAGUGACAAAAAUAAUGGUAAUAAGCUUAGAUUAUUAAUAACGACAUUCAUAUUAAAGCAUUACCAAAUCAAUGCCAGUGUCAGGUUACUCAAGGUUUUUUCUAAAAUUUGAUUAAAACAAAAUACUGUUACAUUUUUUUCCACGGCUACGGCGAAGCGAAAAAGAGGGUUAUGAUUUUGGGCGGUAUAUAUGUAUGUAAGAACGUUCUGCUAUUCUCUUAUAACUUCAAACUACUCGUAGUAACUGAACAAAUGAGAUAUCAUUAGCGUCUUAGAACUUAUUUUUUCAUAAUAUAGAUUUUUUAAACCCAUACUAAUAAGAGACUUAUAAUCGUUGUUUAGUUACGUAUAGUUCUGUUCACGUCACUCUAAUGUGACUUUCGAUUCGAUUGAAAAGGACAAAUCACUAUAUAUUACAAUACAGCACUUAUCCACUGCUUAUUGGUGAAGCCUAUAGUUUUGUGACAUUUCCCAAUAGGCGACUUGGGUAUAUUUGUAGAGUAGGUAUAUAUAAAAUACCAUAAAGAAUCUAUAAUUUGCCAAAGUUUCAUUUUUAUGCAAUGAAAAAUGAGAAUAUGGGAGUCGACAAACUGUGAUGAAAUGAAUUAUGAUAUUUAUGUUGCCUCAACGGCUUAAUAAUAUAGCCAUAGCUGAAAGCGAUGGCUUACCUAUGAUAAUUAAAUGUAUUUUACUCAUGUUGGGAAUGUAUAUUAGUUUAUCCCUUUAUAAGAUCAUCUACUGUUAUUAUAAGGAUAUUAUGAAAGUUAGAUUUUUAUAAGUAAUUGAUAAUGGUGUUAUUGUUGCAUUUAUACAAUAAGCUUUCUACAUAUAUUAUUCAAAAAUAAUAUUAUAAAUACAAGCAGUGCUGCUAGGAUAUGUUUAAGGUUAUGUUUAAUAGUUUUGUCAUUAUUCAAAGUUUUGAUUACCGGAUUGUUCGCCCAGUUGAUUAGUAUACGAUGGAAAAACAUUCAAUUUCUCGAAGAAUAAUAAAAAAACUACAGAAUUUUAAAAUACUGUAUUUUGUUUUAGUGAUAAAGGUUAUUAAUUAUGAUGUCUUCUGCAGUGCGUUACAAUAACGAUAAUUAAAAAAACAAGUUAAUUAUGCAAAAAAAAAUGUAUACUACAUAUUAUUGUUUACAUAUCAGUUACCAUUUCCAACAUAUUUAAUAGUAGUCAAAUAUCACAAUACAGUCCGCACGUGAGUGAGGAUUCGGAAUAAUUUUUCCCAACUAGCAAACGACCUCACCAUGUUUUCGCACGUGUAUAUAUAUAUUAAAUACUUUAAACCUACUGCAAGAUAUUAAUUUAAGUCACAAUUCAAACUAAUUACGUUAAUAUUAUUUUCGAAUCCUCGGAGCUCGCGCGGGCUUCAGUAUCAAACCAGAUAUAUAUCAUUUUCGUGUCAAUACUGGUGCACUGUCACAUAAAAACAUUUAAUCCGGCAAACGGCGGCACUGUAUAUUAUUCUGUUCUUUAUUAUUUAAUAUGUCGCUAAUAGGGGUGUAGACAACUUUAAAUGUUUUUAUUUUAUAGAUAAACAUGAAAUAUAUCUAAAAAAAUAUCAUUCAUGUAAUAAGUUGAAAUCUAAAAAUAAAUAUAAUUUUCAAAAUGGCGUUGCUAUGACGUCACGGCCCUCUGUAACUAAUAUCGUUCGAUGGACGCUAAGAUUGAAUUUUAUAAGUCCUG